UACACCUCAAUGUGUUUGAUUCAGAUCUCUUUGAGAAGAAAAGAAAACCAAGAAUUUGAUCUUUAGCCCCAAUCUGUAAUAAGGGUAUCUUAUUCUUUAUGACCAACUGCCACCACUGGCUUCCCAUUUUUUCUUUCAGUUUCUUGUUCAGGCAUUCUCAAUUUUUCUUCUGAAUUUCUGAUUUUUCACAGAUUAUUGAACAUAUAAAUAAUGUUUAAGCUAUGAGGAACAAGCACCCAUGGAACUUCAAGCUGAAGCAGAAGCCACAAGAUGAAAAGAACCUCAGUUCUUGUACGAAGUUGCAGCUAUUAGGCUGGAAUGGAAGAAGAAAUUACCAAUCUCCCUGAUGUUCACGACCCGUAUAUGGACCUUACGUUAACCAUAACUGGCUGCAGUUAAGAAACAUGCUUAGUUUCUAAUGACUCAGUUUGGCAGAGACAAUAUAUGACCAAAUGGGGACCAUAGGGAGAAAAGGGGAAUAUUCCUAUCAAAUGGAUACAGCAAGAACCUUAUCCAAAUUGCAGACAAAAUGUAGAAGCCAAAUUGAAAGUAUUCAACACUAGCUCAUUGUCUUCACCCUUUGUCAUAUAUCCAUUCUCACCUAGGUCCACAAUUCAAUGGCACCCAUCUUGUGUACUCCAACAAGCCAGUUAUCUUCGGAAUCAAAUGCAGCACAGACCCUUCAUCUGCUUCAAAGAUGUUCAAAUAUGGAGGAACUAAGGCAGAUCCAUGGCCAGAUGUUGAAAACAGGCCUUAUUCUUGAUGAAAUCCCAGCCAGCAAGCUCCUAGCUUUCUGUGCUUCACCGAAUUCCGGGAGUUUAGCCUACGCCCGGACAGUUUUUGACAGGAUAUUCAGACCCAAUACUUUCAUGUGGAAUACCAUGAUAAGAGGAUACUCAAACAGCAAAGAACCUGAAGAAGCCCUACUUCUUUACCAUCACAUGCUGUAUCAUUCUGUUCCACACAAUGCUUACACCUUCCCUUUCCUGCUGAAAGCCUGUUCCAGUAUGUCAGCCUUGGAAGAAACUCAACAAAUCCAUGCUCACAUCAUUAAAAUGGGCUUUGGCUCAGAGAUAUACACCACAAAUUCCCUGCUGAAUGUUUACUCCAAAUCUGGUGACAUUAAAUCUGCCCGUCUCCUUUUUGACCAGGUAGACCAACGAGACACUGUUUCUUGGAAUUCAAUGAUUGACGGGUACACAAAAUGUGGGGAGAUUGAAAUGGCCUAUGAAAUUUUUAACCAUAUGCCAGAAAGGAAUAUUAUCUCAUGGACAUCAAUGAUUUCCGGCUGUGUUGGGGCUGGCAAGCCCAAGGAAGCUUUGAAUCUAUUUCACAGAAUGCAGACUGCAGGUAUAAAACUUGACAAUGUAGCACUGGUAAGCACGCUUCAAGCAUGUGCGGAUCUUGGAGUGUUGGAUCAAGGCAAAUGGAUUCAUGCCUACAUUAAAAAGCAUGAAAUUGAAAUUGACCCAAUCCUGGGUUGUGUUCUCAUAGACAUGUAUGCUAAGUGUGGCGACUUGGAAGAAGCCAUAGAAGUUUUUAGAAAAAUGGAGGAAAAAGGUGUCUCUGUAUGGACAGCCAUGAUUUCUGGUUAUGCAAUUCAUGGACGUGGAAGAGAAGCUCUUGAAUGGUUUAUGAAAAUGCAGACUGCAGGAGUGGAACCAAACCAGAUGACUUUCACAGGGAUUUUGACUGCUUGUAGCCAUGCAGGACUAGUACAUGAGGCAAAAUUGUUGUUUGAGAGCAUGGAGAGAAUUCAUGGCUUCAAACCUUCGAUAGAGCAUUAUGGGUGUAUGGUUGACCUCCUGGGCCGAGCUGGGUUGUUGAAGGAAGCAGAAGAGUUAAUUGAGAAUAUGCCUGUAAAACCAAAUGCUGCCAUUUGGGGGGCACUGCUCAAUGCAUGUCAUAUUCAUGGAAAUCUUGAGCUAGGUAAACAGAUAGGGAAAAUUUUGAUUCAAGUGGAUCCUGGCCAUGGUGGCCGAUACAUUCACUUGGCAAGCAUUCAUGCAGCUGCAGGGGAAUGGAACCAAGCAGCUAGAGUGAGACGACAGAUGAAAGAGCAGGGAGUUUCAAAACUUCCAGGGUGCAGUGUGAUCAGUGUGAAUGGGACAGCUCAUGAAUUUUUAGCCGGGGAUGAAUCGCACCCGCAGAUCAAAGAGAUAGAUCACAUGUUGGAGCAGAUUGUGGAGAGACUAAGAGAAGAAGGAUAUAAACCUAAACUAGGGGAUUUGCUACUGGAUCUAGAGGACAAGGAAAAAGAAACAGCAAUUCAUCAUCAUAGUGAGAAGCUUGCAGUCACAUUUGGGCUCAUCAGCACUAAACCAGGGAUGACAAUUCGGAUAGUUAAGAAUCUUCGAGUUUGUGAGGACUGUCACACAGUAAUAAAGCUCAUCUCCAAGGUCUAUGCAAGGGAAAUUCUCAUGCGGGAUAGAACACGGUUCCACCUUUUCAAAGACGGAAAUUGUACUUGUGGGGACUACUGGUGAGAGAGAGAUCCAUUGCAUCAACCGCUCAUUGUGGAAUACUUGAUUUAGGAUUGUUGUAUCAACCAAAGAUAUCAACUUGAAAUAACAUUAU